CAAAAAUGGCUACAGCCCUUUGUUUCAGUUGCUCUUCCAAGCCUAGUACUGUUACAGAUAAGGAUUUCUUGCCAGGAAGACGCAAAGCUGGAAAGAUUAUUGAAAACCUUGACGUUGGCAUCAACGUGAGGAGUCCCAUUUCAACCGGCGAUUCCCCGAACAUGACUAGAGGCAUGAAAUCCUCACUUGAACAACGUAGGAGAUUACUGAGUUGUGUAGACUCGGGUUGUUUUGAAAAUGCGCUCCAUGUGUUUGAAGAAAUCACUAGACCAAGCACGUUUAUUUGGAAUGUUUUGAUAAGGGGAUUAACAGAUAACGGGUUCUAUCAAGAAGCCAUUGAUUUGUAUUACAGGAUGGAGUGGGAAGGAGUUGGGUUAGACAAAUACACUUUUCCUUUCGUAAUUAAGGCGUGUGUUGGGUUAUUUUCUUUGGUUGAUGGACAGAGGAUUCAUUCCAGGGUAAUUAAGAUGGGGUUCGAUAAAGAUCUUUACGUUUGCAAUUCCCUUGUUAUUAUGUAUUCAAAGCUCGGCUGCAUAGAGCAGUCGGAGAAAAUAUUUGCAGAUAUGCUGGUUAAAGACGCGGUAUCUUGGAAUUCUAUGAUCAGUGGGUAUGUUGCAUCGGGCGACUGUUUGAGCUCGUUGACUUGUUUCCGCGAUAUGCAGGCAGCACGGAUAAGUUGUGACAGAUUCUCUGUGAUCAGCAUUCUUGGUGCUUGUUCUCUUUAUGGUUGUUUGUUGAAGGGAAAGGUAGUCCAUUGCCAAGUAAUCAGGAGACAACUGGAUUCAGAUCCCAUGAUCGAAACGUCACUUAUUGACAUGUAUGGUAAAUGUGGACUGGUAGAGUACUCUGACAGAUUGUUUAAUAGGGUCUCUCAAAGAAGUGUAGCUGUUUGGAAUGCUAUUAUAGGAGCAUAUGGUCUUAAUGAUGAACCCGUAAGAUCUUUUUCUUGCUUCGAGAGAAUGCUAGAGAGUGACAAUUUGGACCCUAAUGCAGUGACAUUGAUAAACCUACUGCCAUCCUGUGCAAGAAUGAGAGCUCUCGUGCAGGGUAAGUCUAUGCAUGGUUUUGCCAUUAGAAAAGGAAUGUUUCCUCAUGUAGUAUUAGAGACUGCACUACUUGACAUGUAUGGGAAGUGUGGUUGCCUGAAUUUAGCAGAUUCUAUGUUUGUUCAAAUGAAGGAGACUAAUCUGAUAUCAUGGAAUGCAAGAAUCGCGGCCUACGUACAGAGUGGUAAUGAAAAAGGAGCAUUACAUGUUUUCCAGGAUAUGUGCAGUGAACAUCUUCACCCAGAUGAGAUCACAUUUGUGAAUAUCCUACCUGCCUACGCUGAAAUUGCCUUACCAAAGGAGGGCCAGCAAAUACAUGCUAACAUCAUAAAGUUGGGAUUUGAUUCAAGUAUUUUCAUUUGUAAUGCCUUGAUUUACAUGUAUGCAAAAUGUGGUGAUAUCCAGGCUGCACAGCUUGUUUUUAACUGCAUAGUGUAUAAGGAUGUCAUUUCCUGGAACACGAUCAUUCUGGCCUAUGGUAUUCAUGGAUUUGGAGAAAUUUCAGUUCGAUUAUUCUCUGAUAUGAUGGCAGAGGGCAUCAAACCCAAUGGGAGCACAUUUGUUUCACUUCUAGCAUCUUGCAGUAUUUGUGGCAUGGUGGAUGAAGGCCAGAAUUAUUUUAGUUCAAUGAAAAAAGAGUAUAAUAUUGAUCCUGGAAUAGAGCACUAUGGAUGUAUGGUAGAUCUUCUAGGACGCAGUGGUAACAUUGACCUAGCCAAACAUUUUAUAGAUGAAAUGCCAUUGGUCCCAACUGCAAGGAUAUGGGGAUCUCUUCUGUCUGCAAGUCGAUACCACAGAAACAUAGAACUUGCUGAACUUGUCGCAGACCGUAUUUUGUCAUUGGAACACGAUAAUACUGGCUGUUACGUGUUGCUUUCUAACAUGUAUGCUGAACUAAGGAGAUGGGCAGAUGUAGAGCGCAUAAGAUGUUCCAUGCAGAGCCAAGGGUUAAGGAGGACCACUGCAUGCAGUUUGAUCGAGUAUAAUGGGAAAGCUCUCCAAAUCACCAAUAAUGAUUGUUCGCAUGCUGAGGCCAGCAUGAUUUAUGACGCAUUAGAUAUCAUUUCAAGAAAGAUAGGUGAUGACCUGCAUGUUUGUGGAGUGUUGAAGUUCAAGCCACCGGAUCUAAUCAGAAGAAGAGCACAUUCUACAAUGUACCACAGCGCAAGGUUGGCAAUUUGUGCUGGUUUACUAUCCACACCGGUAGGAACUCCCGUUCUUGUUAGGAAAAACGUUAGGAUCUGUGAAGAUUGCCAUAAUGCUGCAAAAAUAAUUUCAGAAAUGACAGACAGGGAGAUAGUGGUGGGGGAUCCAAAAUUCUAUCACCGCUUUAGUAACGGGAAAUGCACUUGUAAAGAUUAUUGGUAGCUAUUGUCUAGGUAAACAAGUUUUGUAUGCAUAAAUUCCUUUCAUCAUUAAAAUAUGGAUUUGU